GUUAUCUGAAGGUUUAUAAACCUGAAGGUACGUACCUACAUCACAUAAGGUGUAGCAGUACAUUUGCACGCACUAUAAAUCUUUGCCGAGCCGACAUGGACGGGACGGAGUCUAAGAAUGGCAUUAAAGCGAAUAUGUCGAUCAUCAUGAAACAAUAUGAGUCGAUGAGAGGAAGGAAACGUGCUGACCACUGCCAGCAGUUCUGGGAUGUCGUGGUCAUAACUGCCGGCGAUGACGCCCAGAAGGAGGCAUUUGAGGCGCAGUUAGACAGCAAGUUUUCACGAAAGGAGCUUCCCCUGGACUGUCCGAUACAUGUAGUUGCCGACCCUCCUGGGCCAAAGUUAGGAAAUGGAGGGUCGACCUUCAGCAGUAUGGAUUUCCUCGAGAAAGAGUACAAGGAGGAUUUGUGUGAAAAGCAUGUGAUGUUGAUCCAUGCCGGAGGACAGAGUCGACGAAUGCCAAGCACUAGUGUCUUGGGGAAAAUAUUUGCACCCAUUCCGAGUGGCAAUCCCUUGUAUCAGAUGUUAGAUGUUAAAUUGGCCACCUACCUCCCGCUUAUACCCAGAAUGCCUCCCGGUGUGCUCAUUUGCUGUGCGGAUGACUUUCUCGUGUACAACCUCGGUAAAGAAGGUUCUGAUGAGAGCUGGGGGUUCGUGGAGUCCGGUUUCACAGCUCUGGCACAUCCAUCUACUCUUACUAUAGGAACGAAACAUGGUGUAUAUGUUGUUAAGUCUCUUGACGAAGUUGACACUUCCCUUCAUAUACAACAGUCCGACUGUUUGGAAGUCCUGCAAAAACCUUCACUGCAGAUGAUGGAUUCACGUGGAGCUGUUCUUAGCUCUAAACAUCUUCAGUUUCCUGAUGGAAUCGAAAUAAAAGGUUCUGCAGCUUAUACUGAUAGUGCAUAUUUCUUUACGAUGGAUGUAGCAGCAAAAUUUCUCAAGUUCCUCAAAACAAAUGGAUCCAUUACCUGUGAAAUUGAUGCUUAUGGAGACUUUUUGCAGGCUUUGGGACCUAAAGCAACCAUUGACUACACCAAUCAUACCUCCAAUGUGACUAAUCCAACUCCCAGUCUUAUUCCAACUCGCAAGAAAGUUUAUCACAUGCUGAAAGAUUCAAACAUCCAGUUGCUCCUGAUGAACUCAUCAAAAUUCAUCCAUAUUGGUACCACAAAAGAGUAUAUCAGUCAUUUUUGUUUUCAUUCACAAUUUCAGGAGGAAAUGAGUCUCAGGAAAGAUGUGUUUAACAAGUGGACUGAAGAAGAAGAUGACGAUGAGGAUGAAGAACCCGUAGCAAAGAAAAAGGCCAAACUGUCUGAUGUGAGCACUGGAUGUGUGAUGCAUUGCAUGCUACCCUUGAAAUCAUUUGUGCCGCAGAACUCUAUAGUGGAGUACUGUCGCUUUGAAGUUCCAGUCCAUGUAGGUCAAAAUGUUAUAGUCAGCAACUGUAGCUUUCGGAAGUCAACAGCAGAUGAAAGGUCAAAUGGCAACAAGAGUACACACGUCAAACUGCCUCUAAAAAUUCCACACAAUAUCUUUCUGCACACGGUCUCCGUCCGUCAAUGUGACAAGACUCAAUAUGUCACUGUCCUCUUCAGUAUUGAUGAUGAUCUCAAAAAGACAGUACCGGGAAGUAAAGCAAAGCAGUUACCAUUACUGGGGGCAACCAUAGAGGACUUUUGUAAAAGCUGUGGUAUCGACAUUGAGAGAACCUUGACCAGUUGUCUUGACAAAAAAGGUCAAGGAGCGGAGACGGAGCCUGUAUCUUUAUGGACGUUACGUUUGCAUCCAGUUGUAGACUCCAUGACAGAAUCUCUGAGUUUAGCAUUGCAGAUUCACACAGCAGUCACCAAGAGAGAAAAAGUUGUGUCGCUCAAGGGAAGGAAACUUGUGUCCAUGGAUGAUAUACUGCAGGAUAAAGAUGUCAAAGACAUGCUGAAAUACAGAAAUGGUCUGUACCAGGAAAUCAAACCAUCCGUGACAGCAUAAUCACAUACAUAAACCUGAUCUCCUGCAGGAGCACAAACACGUCUUUAGAACUAUAGGGUUGUCUUUGUUUUGGCCAGUAUAAGAAGAUACAUCUUACGACCAUCUACCUAUUAACCUGUAUCACAAUACCUCUUUUGAAAGACUAUCUUUUGUUAUACAAAUGUACUGGCAGUAUGGUGUAUAGGACCUGUUGAUAUAUUGUUAUGACUAUCAAUUACAGAGUUAUUUCCCUUUGUAUGAUUGGAGCUUUUCAGAUCUGUCCAAAAAGCUAGUCACUCCAAUUACUUAUUUCAUUGACCCCUUCAUUUUUAAAAUGGACUUGCCUAAUCUUUGAUUUGGUAAGGUUCAAAUGUGACGUUAGGGGUGAAUGGGUUAAACUGCUAGGGUUUCCUGCCAUCUAAGAACUCUCUUUGGUUGUGACAAAUAUGCAAGGAUAUGUAUAUUUUUUUAGGUCAGUUAAGUAAAAUUUCUUUUUAAAUCCCCACUUUUUUCACCAAGCCAAUGAUUCCUACAUGUCAAACAUCACAUAUAUAUAUAUACUUACAGAAUUCAAAAUCUGUCCUGAAAGCUGGUCUAUUUCCUUAACUCAUUCACCCUUGAAUACACAUAUGAACUCUUCCAAUUCAAAGGUUGGAAUAGUUCAUUAUAAAAUUUCAGGGGUGAAUGUGUUAAACAUGGUAGAAUAUCUUGCCAUCAAAGACUUCGCCUUGUUAAGAUAAAUACACAAGGAUAUGUCUCUUAUUUUUAACUGUAAAGUGAAAUUUUCUUCAGACACUCUCUCUUUCAAAACCAGGUAAAUAAAUCAUGUAUCAACAUUGCAACCUAUAAUGCCAUAUAUAUAUUUAACCCUUUCAACACUGU